AUGGCAUCGUUUUCACUAGAUUUAGGAACUAUUAAAUCAAAUACUGAGGGUUGGGGUCCAACUGGUAACAUCGAGAAAUUCGAUGAUAUUCCAUAUGCCCCAUUCUCAAAGAGUGAGAAGAUUGGAAAGUGUUCCGAUUUCAACUCCAACAUGAAGCAAUAUCAAAGACAAAAUAUUUAUGGUGCUAAUGCUUCUAAUCCAUUCACAUUCAAGUUGGAUGAGGAUGAGGAUAGCUUCCAAUUGGUAGAUUAUUCAAGACCAUCUGCCAACAAAGGACAAUAUAAACAGGGUCGUCGUCAAUUGGGUGGUGGUCAACAACAACAACAACAACGUGGAUUCUACGGUCAACGUCAAGGUGGUCGUGUCAUUUUGGAUCGUCACUCCGGUCGUGGAUCACACGGUGGUCGUAAACAAGGUGGAAAUCGUUACAACAAUCGUUACCACUGGAACGAUCGUCGUCAAAAGAAUCGUGAAUCAUCCAUUGAGAUCGGUGCCGACUGGGAACUCAAGGAGGAGAUCGAUCUUACUGUAUUAAAACAAUAUGUUAUUGAAGUUAUUCCACAAUCUGAAUUAAUUGCAACAUGUGGUGCAGUUAGAUAUUAUAAUAAAGACAUUGAGAGAGUCAAUGCUAGAGAUGAAAGAAAGCUACAGAGAACUGAUAAGGAGAUUCCAUUGAUCUCUACCUCUGACGACAAGGUCAUCAGAACCAACUUUAAAUUUGCUAAUGUAUAUGCUACCGACGAGAUUAUGUCGACAUUGAUGACAGCCAAUCGUUCUGUAUACUCUUGGGAUAUCGUUGUCAUCCGUAUCGGUGGAAAGAUCUUCUUUGAGCAUCGUCCAGGUACUACUAACACACUCACUGUAAACGAAACAUCAAACUCACAUUACGACGACAAAGAUCCAGUCAACUCUGCAUCUGCACUCUCAAAUGAAGCUGCUGAAGUAAACAUUAACUAUUGGCAACAAGUUCUUACAAAUGAUGAACCACACAAGUUUGAAACUCAAUUGGAUGAAGAGGAAUAUGAAAACUGUGUACCAGUCGGUUAUAGAUAUAUGAAGUGGAAUCUUGGAGAUGACAUUACCGUUUUGGCUAGAACAGAGGUCGAUGGUUGCUACGUAGAUAAAGAUCAAACAACCAAGUUUGUCUCGAUUAAGGCUACCAACGAAUUUGACAAGAGAGAUCAAUCAACAGACUUUAGAAAGAACAUCGAUAAUCAACGUGCUUCAGUGUUGGCCAACGAAAUGAAGAACAACUCCACCAAGUUUGCCAAGUGGUCGAUUCAAUCAACACUCGCCGGUGUCGAAACAAUGAACUUGGGUUACGUUUCACGUUACUACCAAGGUGACCCAACCAACCACGUCGUUCUCGCCUCACAAAACUACUCUGUUUCCAGUUUGAACUCUCAGAAUCGUGUCGAUAUGCGUAACACCUGGGGUAUUUUCAAGCGUAUCGUACAGAGCUGCAUGAAGUUACCAAACGGAAAAUAUUUGUUGCAUCGUGAUCCAAAUCGUGCCGUCGUCAACAUUUACGCCGUCCCCGAAAAUGCCUUUGAUCCAGAGGAAGAAGAAGUUCAAGAGGAAGAAGAGGAAACCCAAAACAAGGGUUGGGCUCAAUCCACCAGAUAA